CUGUUUACCAUUUUCAUUGUUUAUAACAUUUUCCUAGUGCGAUUGUCGAAAUUUAUGUAAAACACGCAAAAAGGAUAAUGGGACUCCCUGAUUUGCCGGGCCAACCGGAUGAUGAUAAAAAUUUUACGAUCGACGAGAAUCACACCAUUCAUGUGGAGCCCUUCAGCGACGAUGAAAGUGACAACGAAUCCCUCGGCGAGAAUGGUGGAUACGCAGGCUAUCAGCCACUAAGCGUUGACGAACGGGGCCACCCUACCAUGCAUCGCCGAUUGUCAGCAAUGGAUGACGAGCGAGAACUCGACGAUGAGGCCAAUUGCAUCGAGCCCGGCGAUGUGAACGGUGUCAGUGGGACAGAAUUUCUCAACGUCGACGUAUGGAAUGCCCCUCGUCCCGAUGAACUCAACAUCGACAUCGAUGCAAACAAGGCAGCCGAGAUAGUGACCGUAAUGGCGAGCAUAAAACUGCCCACGACAGCCGUUCCGGAUUGGGCCCGUGGAGUGCCGGAAGAAGAAUGGAAGGAAAAUUUACUACAGCGAAUCCGCCAACGACAGCAACCGGAAGCAGUCGAUGGGUGUAGUACAUCGGCCCCAGCAGCAGAAGCAGCAGCAGGCGCUGGCCCAUUGCCGGCACCACCACUGGACAGCGGCAGUAGUCGUACGGCGUGAUUUAUAAGAAGUACAUCCCAUUCCAUUUAUGCAAUGUUUUCCGAAAGCCGUCAUGUGCGGUCAACUUUAAUUUUACCUUGAGCGCUGGCGGAAUGCUAUUUGAAAACGUAUUUCCCUCCUUUUUUAUUGUCCUCCACCGCUUGGGCUGAUCUCGAAUAAA